UAAUCAAAUAAGAUGACUCGGAGACCUAAGUUCGAAGUGCUGUUAGAUGCGAACAAAAUAAUUUCUUUCGAAUACAUUGCCAGCACUGAAGUUCACGAAGGUCGUAAAGAAAAGGCGUAUACUCGCCUUAACGAUUUGUUUUAUUGGCACUAUACAUUACCUUAACCCUAAACUGUAUUGUGACAAAGAUGAAUCCCGAAUAUGAUUACUUAUUCAAGCUGUUGUUGAUUGGAGACUCUGGUGUAGGAAAAUCAUGUCUCCUCCUUCGAUUUGCUGACGAUACUUAUACGGAAAGCUAUAUAAGCACUAUUGGUGUUGAUUUUAAAAUCAGAACUAUUGAACUAGAUGGAAAAACAAUAAAAUUACAAAUAUGGGAUACAGCUGGUCAAGAAAGAUUUCGUACAAUUACUUCAAGUUAUUACAGAGGUGCUCAUGGAAUUAUUAUUGUGUAUGAUGUUACUGAUCAAGAAACAUUUAACAAUGUCAAACAGUGGCUUCAAGAAAUUGAUCGCUAUGCUUGUGAAAGUGUCAAUAAAUUACUUGUCGGAAAUAAAUGUGAUCUUACUACAAAGAAAGUUGUUGACUAUACCACUGCAAAGGAAUUUGCUGAUUCAUUAGGUGUACCUUUCUUGGAAACAAGUGCUAAAAAUGCCACGAAUGUUGAGCAAGCUUUUAUGACAAUGGCUGCUGAAAUCAAAAAUCGUAUGGGUCCUCCUCAGACAACUGCAGAUCGAUCUGAAAAGGUUCCUCUUAAGAGCGGUAGUCCAGUAAAACCAAGUGGUGGUGGGUGUUGUUAAAUAUUCGCUUUUCCAUGAUUCAAAUUCAAUCGAUUAUUGAAGGUCUUACAACACAGUUUCGCGUUGAAAGUUUUUUGUUUUAAUGUUCACACCAUAAAAUCUUGGUACUUAUGGUGUUUUCGUUAAAAUGUGAAUGAACAUUUAAGUUUUUAUUCCAAUUUCAAUUUUUCUACAUAAAUAUUAUAAAAUCUAAUAAAUUAAAAUUAAGCUUAAUUGAUAUCCUAUAUUUUUUCUCUUGUUUGGUUCACUGCGACGUAUCUCAAAUAUUCUUUUGUAUAAAUAUACUUUUUUUUUCGAGGCUGUUCUCUUUUUUCUUUUUUGCUGUUAAUUUUAAAUUCAAAGAAUAUCAUUAGAUCGAUAGCAGUCUGUUGAUUGCAAACUCUUUAUUUUUGAUUACUUAAUUAACUCACAAUUCAGCUAUUAACUCACAAUUCAUUGCGCAAUCUAUCUUGGUUGAAAAUUAUAGUAUGAACUUUAAUGUUAGCUCAUAUAAUUCUAAGAUACUUGUGUUAUGAAAAACUUUUAACUAUUUAUACAAGACCAUAAAGGUGCAUUAGAAGUAAGCAUAGAUAAAUAUUCUGUUAUUUUGAUAUCGCGCAUGGUUUUCAUACGUUGAUUGUAAUGAAAAAUUUGUUCUCUUGUAUCAAGUAAUUGUACAUAAAAUUGGAAAUUUUCAUUAA